GAGCCGCAGCGCCGCCCGCGGGACACGGUGAGCACGAGUCCUGGCGAGGAUGCGCUGCUUGAGCGUCCGUGCGGCCCGGGUCCUGGGCGGGCGCGACCCCCACUGAGCCGAGAGAUCCUCCAGCCCACGACUUCGGAAGGCGUGGGCCGGCGCGUACAUCGCCUCACCGACAGCAUCCCUUUCCGCCUGGAGAGAGGUAUCGGCCCCCAAGGGGGGCUCUAUCAGGCAGCCUCUGUCACCUCUGCAUGGCUGCAACCCUGCGAGCGGAGAGUCGUCGCGGUUGAGACCUGGCUGAUCCGGGACCCUGCCACAGAGAGUGCCACGCCGCGGGCCCCCAGCUCAGCCAUGCUGGCCUGUCUGCAGAGGACCCAGAACCCGCCUGGCCAACACCUGGCCUGCCCGAGCAAGAGCCUGGAGCUGCGCAAGUGCGAGACGGUGGCCAGCUCCAUGAAUUCCUCCCGCUACCCGAGCCCGGCCGAGCUGGACGCCUACGCUGAGAAGGUGGCCAACAGCCCGCUUUCCAUCAAGAUCUUCCCCACCACCAUCCGGGUGCCCCAGCACAAGCACCUCAGCCGCACCGUCAACGGCUACGACACGUGCGGCCAGCGCUACAGCCCCUACCCUCAGCACGCUGCGGGCUACCAGGGCCUGCUGGCCGUCGUCAGGGCCGCCGUCUCCUCCUCCAGCGUGGCCGCGCCCCCGGGGCCCGCCAAAGGGGUGCUCAAGAGCGCCGAGGGCAAGCGGACCAAGCUGUCGCCGGCCACCGUGCAGGUGGGCAUCGCGCCCUACCCGGCGCCCAGCGCUCUGGGGCCCUUGGCCUACCCCAAGCCGCCUGAGGCGCCCGCCCCACCACCGGGCCUGCCCACGGCUGCUGCCACUGCGGCCUCCGUCAUCCCCCUGCCGGGCCGCGGCCUGGCCCUGCCACCUUCCAACCUGCCCUCCAUCCACAGCAUCCUCUACCAGCUCAACCAGCAGUGCCAGGCCCCAGGCGCUGCGCCCACUGCCUGCCAGGGUGUGGCGGUGCCCCGCCCCAGCCCAGCCAAGCACGGGCCCGUGCCCAGCUUCCCCAGCAUGGCCUACUCAGCCGCCGCCGGCCUGCCCGACUGCCGCAAAGGCGCCGAGCUGGGCCAGGGGAGCACAGCGGCCUUGACGUUGGCUGGAGCCGCCAAGCCUGCCGGCUACGUGGACGGCAGCCUGGAUUACCUGCUGUGGCCCCAGAAACCACCCCCGCCGCCGCCCCAGCCGCUGCGGGCCUAUAGCGGUGGCACGGUGGCCAGCAAGUCUCCGGAGGCCUGUGGGGGGCGGGCGUACGAGCGGGCCAGUGGGUCACCCCUCAACUGCAGCGUGGGGCUGCCCGCCAGCUUCACUGUGGGUCAGUACUUUGCUGCCCCCUGGAACAGUGUGCUGGUGACCCCCACCAGUGACUGCUACAACCCGGCGGCGGUGGCGGCCACCGAGCUGGGGCCCGGGGUGGCCCGGGAGCUGACGGGGCACCCGGUGGAGGCCCUCUCGGGCCUGCCCAGCAAGAGCAUGUGCAACACGGCGGUGCUGAGCAGUAGCCUGCAGUCGCUGGAAUAUCUCAUCAAUGACAUCCGGCCGCCCUGCAUCAAGGAGCAGAUGCUGGGCAAGGGCUACGAGACGGUGGCAGUGCCCCGGCUGCUUGACCACCAGCACGCCCACAUCCGCCUUCCCGUCUACAGAUAAGGCCUGCUUUGUGGAUGCACGGACAGAGGGACAGGGCGCCGAGGGGAGGCAGGCCGAAGGACGGGGGUCAGCGCGCAGGGGCCCACUGGUGCCCACAGGGAAGCUGGCUGCUGCCAUGUCUGUCGAGGUUUGCAGGUGACCCUGCUCACCAAGGCCCCUUCCUGUGUCACACAGGGAGGCCCCGAGCUACUGCUGACCUCCAGGCCUUCCUCCGUCCACACUGGCAGAGGGAGGGAGAGAGACCACUUAGAAACAGGAGUGGGUCUCUCUGCUCUCCCGGGAGAGGAGCUCAGGCCAGGGUGGGAGGCAGGAAGAAAUGAGAUGGUUUAGAAUCAGGGUGGGGUCAGAGAGCUUCUCCCCCCACAGGCUCCCCAGUCGCCUGGAGAAGGAGCAGAGGAAUUCUCUGUUCCCUCGUGUCCCCCACUGGCCAAUCCGGUGAACACCACUCUGACAGAAGCUCCAGGGACCCCGCGUGGGGGGCUGCUGCCCCUCCUCUAGACUCCCCCCCAUUCCUCCCCAACACAGAAAAAUCACACCCCAUUCCCGUUCCCCCUGGACUGCCACCUCCCCCUUCCCGUCACACAGCUUACAGGGCUGCUGGGCACAGCUCCAGGCUGUGCCCUGCACACGGGCACCUCGUCCAAGCAGACCCCACUCGCAUCCUAGACUUGUAUAUUUAUUGCGGCAACUUUCCGAAUCUCGAGGAAGGGGUGCCAUUUCCCUGUUCGCACAAAGGUACCCUUGGGGUGAACCGCGGGCCUGUUGUCUCAGACCCCACCGAGGAACCCUACCUCGCCUUCUUCGGGGGCUCUUUCUUUGGAACCAGCGAGAGGGUAACCUGGUUUUAACUGGGAGGCCCAGUGCAACCCCUCUCCUGCCAACUGCCCUCCAGGGCCUGCCCCGCACCACCGAGGGCCCCGCGAAGCCCCCAGGCCCGAACCCCCGUGCUGGCCCUCUGGCGCCGGAAGCGGUACUGUAUCUCUCUCCAAGGCCUGUUCAAGCACUAAGUGCAUUUACAAAUCUCUGAGAAUGUUUUUUUUUUUAUACUAAAAUUGACCAUUAUAUUCUACUGUGAGAAGUGCAGUCUGCACUAUAUUGUUUUAAAAACUAAGAGAAA